GCGAGUGUCUAUAACUUUGUGCUGCUGCCGCGGCCGCCCUGCUCGUGGAAGGGAGGAGGAGGAAUGUGGAAGGCGGCGGCGGCGCAGCCCAGGCUGACAGGCGGUUCCUCCAGCGGGCUGCGGCGGCGGCCCGAGCGUCCCCUCGUCGCGGUGCCCUGGGCUCGCGCGGAAUCGUACGCCCUCCUGCCUCGUCCCUGAAGGGAAGGAGCCGAGGUAGCUGGAGCUCGAGCCUUCGCGGCGCCCGGUCCCUACCCCACCGCACCCAGCCUGGGCGCGAGUGGAGAGAGCAAGAGCCCAAGCCGCGGGCGGCGGGCAGGCGGCGAAGAUGGCAGAGGCACCAGCCUCCCCGGUCCCGCUCUCUCCGCUCGAAGUGGAGCUGGACCCAGAGUUCGAGCCACAGAGUCGGCCACGCUCCUGUACGUGGCCCCUGCAAAGGCCGGAGCUGCAGGCGAGCCCGGCCAAGCCCUCGGGGGAGAUGGCCGCAGACUCCAUGAUCCCCGAGGAGGACGACGAUGAAGACGACGAGGACGGCGGCGGCCGAGCCAGCUCGGCCAUGGUGAUCGGUGGCGGUGUGAGCAGCACGCUGGGCUCCGGGCUGCUCCUCGACGAUUCGGCCAGGCUGCUGGCUCCGGGAGGGCAGGACCUCGGGUCGGGGCCAGCGUCCGCCGCAGGCGCGCUGAGUGGGGGCACGCAGACGCAGCUGCAGCCUCAGCAGCCACUGCCACCGCCGCAGCCGGGGGCGGCUGGGGGCUCUGGGCAGCCUAGGAAAUGCUCCUCGCGGCGGAAUGCCUGGGGGAACCUGUCCUAUGCCGACCUGAUCACCCGCGCCAUCGAGAGCUCCCCGGACAAACGGCUCACUUUGUCCCAGAUCUACGAGUGGAUGGUGCGCUGUGUGCCCUACUUCAAGGAUAAGGGCGACAGCAACAGCUCUGCGGGCUGGAAGAACUCCAUCCGGCACAACCUGUCACUGCACAGCCGAUUCAUGCGGGUUCAGAAUGAAGGGACCGGCAAGAGCUCCUGGUGGAUCAUCAACCCCGACGGGGGAAAGAGCGGGAAGGCGCCCCGACGGCGCGCAGUCUCCAUGGACAACAGCAACAAGUACACCAAGAGCCGCGGCCGCGCAGCCAAGAAGAAGGCGGCCCUGCAGGCGGCCCCGGAGUCUGCGGACGACAGCCCUUCCCAGCUCGCCAAGUGGCCUGGCAGCCCCACGUCCCGCAGCAGCGACGAGCUGGAUGCGUGGACCGACUUCCGCUCGCGCACCAAUUCCAACGCCAGCACAGUGAGCGGCCGCCUGUCACCCAUCCUGGCCAGCACGGAGCUGGAUGACGUCCAGGACGACGACGGACCCCUGUCCCCCAUGCUCUACAGCAGCUCUGCCAGCCUGUCGCCUUCUGUGAGCAAGCCGUGCACCGUGGAGCUCCCGCGGCUCACCGACAUGGCCGGCACCAUGAAUCUGAACGACGGGCUGGCGGAGAACCUCAUGGAUGACCUGCUGGAUAACAUGGCGCUCCCGGCCUCCCAGCCGUCGCCCCCCGGGGGCCUCAUGCAGCGGAGCUCCAGCUUCCCCUAUCCGGCUAAGAGCUCCGGCCUGGGCUCGCCAACCAGCUCCUUCAACAGCACCGUGUUCGGACCUACAUCUCUGAACCUGCGCCAGUCGCCCAUGCAGACCAUCCAGGAGAACAGACCAGCCACCUUUUCUUCCGUGUCACACUAUGGUAACCAGACACUCCAAGACCUGCUCACUUCGGAGUCUCUCAGCCACAGCGAUGUCAUGAUGACCCAGUCAGACCCCUUGAUGUCUCAGGCUAGCACCGCUGUGUCUGCCCAGAAUGCCCGUCGCAACGUGAUGCUUCGUAACGACCCGAUGAUGUCCUUUGCCGCCCAGCCUGCCCAGGGGAGUUUGGUCAAUCAGAACUUGCUCCACCACCAGCACCAAACCCAGGGCGCUCUUGGUGGCAGCCGUGCCUUGUCCAAUUCCGUCAGCAACAUGGGCCUGAGUGACUCGAGCAGCCUCGGCUCGGCCAAACACCAGCAGCAGUCUCCCGUCAGCCAGUCUAUGCAAACCCUCUCGGACUCCCUCUCAGGCUCUUCACUGUAUUCAGCUAGUGCAAACCUUCCCGUCAUGGGCCACGAUAAGUUCCCCAGUGACUUGGACCUGGACAUGUUCAACGGGAGCUUGGAAUGUGACAUGGAGUCCAUCAUCCGUAGCGAACUCAUGGAUGCUGACGGGUUGGAUUUUAACUUUGACUCCCUCAUCUCCACACAGAACGUGGUUGGUUUGAACGUGGGGAACUUCACUGGUGCUAAGCAGGCCUCAUCUCAAAGCUGGGUGCCAGGCUGAAGGAUCGCUGAGGAAAGGGGAAAUGGGCAAAGCAGACCCUCGAGCUGACCGAAGACCUACAGAGAAAACCCUUUGCCAAAUCUGCUCUCAGCAAGUGGACAGUGACCCUGUUUACAGCUUGGCGCCCUCGUGACUCCCACGCCAUUUUCCUAACCCAGCAGAGACUGUUAGCAGCCCUGGCCCUGGGUGAAGCCCUUACCCGUGGAACAGAACUCUAUAACGUAUGCAAAAUCUAACUCAUCUGCAAGUGACCUGCCAGCGUGGACAGCACCCUGAGCACCCACCCCACUCCUUCAGAGCACACCGGGGCCCCGUCGGCGAUUCUGUAGGGGUUUAUUUCCUAUCAUGAUGGCUUAGGGGAUAUUUCAAGUGUCGUUUUGUGUUUAUUUCCUUUGACCCUCUGAGUUUUUUACACGCUGUAACCUGCAGUAUGUUUCUGUUGAGAACGUUGACUGUCCUUACCCUAGCACACUUAAAAAGCAGAAAGAAGGUGUUAUAUCGGUUCCCAGGCUGGCCUUGAGUAUCAUAAGCUUUUGAGCCUGUGGAGCUCCACAAACUUAACACAUUACAUAAACUAAAGGUGGUGGUGGUGUGUGGGGGGGGGGUUCUUCUUCUGUUUGGUAGAAAAUUAUCCUUUUCUAAAAACUGAACAAUGGCACAACUGUUUGCCCUGCGUGCCCGUCCAGGACUGAACUAUGCGUAGGCAAAGCAAAUGGGGCCAAGCAUCUGACCCAGUAGUUUCCAGCUGAGUCGGGGCGGUCUGUGGACGGGCCUCCGGUGCCCACGCUACAGCUGCCUGCUCGGCAGGGCUGUGGUUUCCCGCCAUCCUCAGCGGUGUGGCGUCUCUCUGCUCUUAGGAACUAGGGCCUCUUCAGGAAAGCGUCAGCUCAGCCUCUGCUCGUUGCCAAAUGCCACUAACGGGUUUAGUUUUAAGGAGAAAAGCAAUGUGUGCCUGUUGUGCUUCAUAGACGUCGUGGAGUUGCAGGGGAGCCGUUAAGCAUGCGUCGCAGCGUGUGACAUCGGCAAACCACGUCUGCACUAGCAGGUCCCACGUCACUGUUUCUGAAACAUGCAUAGCUUUUGAGUCUUUCCAGCCUUGCUGUGUGUAUGCUGAUCUUCCUAGAAGUGUAUGGGUAACAGGCAAGAGCAUACAAGGUGAGAUAUAUAGAUAUAAAUAUAUAUAUAAUGUAUAGGCUUAGUUUGUAAUUCUUCAAGUGAUUCAUGGAAAUACAAGAUAAGGCAAUUUAAAUUUUUUUUUAAAACUUUUUCUGCUUCUGUGGAUCUCAUUUUUUCGUUGUUGUUGUUUCCAAAAAGUUAUGGUGCUGUAUAGGUGCUUUCUGUUUAACCUGCAGCGUGUGAGUGGAUUCGUUACUCUGAUAGCGUAGCUGGGAACGCCUUUGGUACAUACAGCACUGGUGUGGCGUGGCGAUGCUCUGAUUAGCAGAGCAUAUACAUACUUCUCCAAAGUGACAUAGGAAGACUUUCUUCUUUGCAUAAAAAGCAUAGGCAUUUAAGUGUAUAAAACAUAUUUUAUCAUGUACAGUACGAAAAUGGAACUUUAUCUUUAUGCAUGGCGUUAGGAAUGCAGGCCAGUGUGCCAGCACAGGCUUUCCUGCUUGAGUUCUCGCCAUUGCUUGCACUGUGGCCGUGGACACCGACCCAGGCGCGCCACCCAGCCACCCAGCCCCCUGCCCUGGGCACCGGCCCCCUAGUGCGCCUUUGUUUCAUAAGCACUCGGAGGUGGUAGCGAUGGCCAUCACGGCUCCUAGCACAGUGAGAGUUCCAUUUGGUAUUGUCACAUGUCUCCCUGCCUCACUUGCAUCCUCGUGGUUUUAGACGAUGACCCCUGUUGAUUUCACUCUGCCUUUUGUAGAAUCCGUACGUUGCCAUCCAGUUGUGGUCCUGGUAGGCCCGUAGCUCAUUGCAUUUUCCAAACUGCUACGUGUUUAUAAUCUUCACCGUUAAAAAGUCCAGUUUUGAAAAUGUAUAGUCAUGUGGCCUGCUGGUCAGAGAGCCCAUUCUUGCUUAUCCCAUUCCUUGAUGCUACUGUAAGCCACGCCCUGAUUUUUUAGUAGUCAGCUGUCUGUGCCACCUGUGUCAUUUUAGGCAGAGGGCUGGCUUCCCGGCUUCCCAGAGUGCUGCUUCCUUGCUGGGGUGCAUCAGGGUAGCAUCUGAAGGAGCAGGGAGAGCUCAGGUAUGAGAGAGAACCCCAAGUGCUUCCAACAUGAGGGCCCUGAGCAUUCUCUGCUGAGCUUAAGGACAUGCAGACCAAUUCACGAGAUAGCGGCUUGGCUGUGCCAUUUACAGGCAUUGGGGGUGGGGAGGGCAGCCCUCCGGUGCAUUCCUCCAGCCUCGAAACUUGCAUUUCCUUUCAGGUGUAACAGCUCAUUUAUUUUCUUUCCCUGUGUUUGUUGGGUUUCAGGCACCAAAUCUCACAGAACGUCCUAGAAAUAGAUUAUAAACUGAAGUGGGAACGGGGGUGGGCAGAAGGUGAGGCCAGCAGAGGCAAAAUGCUUUGAUUUACUUUACUUUAAAAAAAAUAAUACAGAGGCCACACACAGAGUGCGUGGAGAGCUGAGGCUUGCCAGGCCCUGGAGUGGCUCAGGCCAGUCGUGAACGGCGAUGCCUGCCGGGGUGUCUGCACUCCCGCCCUCAGAUUCCCCACACAGAGACCAAGCUCUCUUCAGAAGCCCAAUUCUGUGUCAGUCAGACUUGACAGAGGUAUAGCCUGGGCCCUCUGUACCGUCUGUGGAACCCUACUUUCAGGGUAGACUGGUCAGUGGCCACCAAGUAACACUCUCAAUGUCUUAAGUCCCUAACAAGGAACUGGUCUGUUGAGACAUCUGAGCAGGUGGCCUCAUAGACCUCCCAGGCUUAGAAUCAGCCCCUGGAAUCCUGAUGAGAAAGAAGUGUGCCCGCCGUGAGCCUUUUUGGGGAGGAGCCCUGUGCUCCUGUGACAGAAGGCAGCAGGCCCGUGCCGGAAGGCUCCGUAGUUCUCUUCAGGUUCUGGAACCUGAUACCUUGUACCAAAGAUAGAGAAGAGGGUGUGACCAGCCUUCUCUGUCCUAGCACUAGGACCGACCGGGCUCAGCAUACCCGGUUAACUGUGACUACAUUAGAGGUGUGUUCGCCAUUGUAUCCUCUGCAACACAAAGACAGCUGAAGCACAGAACUGUUCUCCUACGUCUCCCGCUAGUGGAGGAGCGUGCACCAGGCAUAGCACAAAGCAGGCACUGUUUGGGGGUUGAUGAUUAGCAUCAGCCCAAGGAGAGGUACACCCCAUCCCAGGCGUGACUUCAGCCCGCUUCUAAACCCAUGUACAGGUUAAAGUUCAUAGGGACAGACAACUUUGCCUUUUCUUAAAGUGCUCCAUCCACUGAACUAACAAGCAGCAUUUGAAUCUCUUAGGAAAGAGCUUUAAGGGUAAGGCAGAGCGAAAACAAAGCUUCCAUCGUCCCCCGGACUAAAGGAAAACAACGCUACCUAGUCUCUAAAAACAAAGGAAAGGUAAUAGAGACUGGUUUUUCUUUUUCUUCGUGUAUUUGGGGAACAUCAUGAUUAGGCAGAAUAAUGUUGGUUUUUUUUUUUUUUUUAAUUAAAAGCAAGACCUUUUGUAGAAAAGCAAUCACUGAUACAGAGAUACAAAGAAGCCAGUUGUGGGAGUGGUAGCAGCAGGGGAAGCGAGGCGUGAGGUAAGGAGAUGUCUUGUUGGAUCCUGUCUGUCAGACAGGACCUCAGAGGAGACGCCCAAGCAACUGGCAGGAAGAAGUGGUGUAUGAACUGAAUCUCAAAUGUAUAGCAUUCAGAUUAGAUGGAUGAAGUAUUUUCUCUUGUUGAAUUUUAUUCAUUUGUAUUUUUCUUUCGUGAAUGAAUGAUUACAAGGCCUCUGCCACACUCCAGGAAUACUUGUGCGACUGCUUUUUUUUUUUUUUAAAGUGUGUGUCUAGUCACUUAUUUCUCUAAAAAUUAUCUCGUUGUCUGGCAAUCGGCCUUCUCUUUCUAUCCUUGCCCUAGCACACUGUGUUUGUGGAGAAUGUGAACAGGUGUGAAGGAGACCAGAAGAACUGGUGAAUAUUGGAAAAUGUCUUGUGCAUUAUUUGGGCUUCACGUGUUUAACUUUUUUUUUAAAGAAAAAAAAAAGGUUGCAUGAAUGAAAACAACCUCUGUAUACAGUAUCUGUAAAAAUGGCCUGUUUUGAUUUUUUGCUUCUACCACACAAAGUAGAAUUUAGUGUGGCACGUGGCCAUAUCUAAACACCUGUGAAGCAGUUUGUCGUUGGGUUUGAAGCAGCGUGCCCUCUCAAGGCCAGCACGGUCACGCUGCACUCUGCACCCCGAGGACUUGUCUAGCCAUACGCUGCCGUGAGUUAGCUCUGCUGCCUUUCUUUCUCAAGGAUCAAAACCAGUUUGAUUUGGGAAUCUGCCCCUUCCCAGUGGAACGGAGGUGCGUACUUCCCGUGGUGUUUGUAGAUACUGCCUGUGUAUUCCAUUUAAGACCAUAAUCUAGUUUGUAAGAGAUGAUGACGCAUGUAAAUAAAGCUUUGGUGACACUCUA